AUGCAGUUGCUGCCCCGGCGGUGAGACGUUGAGUUCCUGUGCGUGUCCUCGGCCUGCCUGCGCUCGUCCUCCGCGACAUGUCGCUGGUGGCGGAGGCCUUCGUGACUCAACUGGCCGCCGCAGAGCCUUGGCCUGAAAAUGCUGCAUUGUAUCAGCAACUGAAGGAGGAACAAAUUUUGCUUUCUGAUAAUGCAUCUUCCCUUGCUGUUCAGGCCUUCUUGCAAAUGUGCAAUCUGCCAAUCCGAGUGGUUUGCAGGGCAAAUGCCGAGUACAUGUCCCCAUCUGGCAAAGUUCCCUUUAUUCACGUGGGAAAUCAGGUUGUAUCUGAACUUGGUCCCAUAGUCCAGUUUGUAAAAGCCAAGGGCCAUUCUCUCAGUGAUGGGUUGGAUGAAGUCCAAAAAGCUGAGAUGAAAGCCUACAUGGAAUUAGUCAAUAAUAUGCUCUUGACAGCAGAGCUCUAUCUCCAGUGGUGUGAUGAUGUUACAGUAGAGGAGAUUACUCACCCGAGGUAUGGCUCCCCUUACCCCUGGCCUCUGAACCGCAUUUUGUCCUAUCAGAAGCAGUGGGAGGUAAGGCGAAAGAUGAAAGCCAUUGGAUGGGCUGGAAAGACACUUGAACAGGUGCUUGAAGAUGUUGACCAGUGCUGUAAUGCUCUGUCUCAGAGAUUAGGAACGCAACCUUAUUUCUUCAAUAAGCAACCAACUGAAUUAGAUGCUCUGGUGUUUGGACAUCUGUUCACAAUCCUUACUACUCAGCUAAUCACUGAUGAACUCUCUGAGAAGGUGAAAAACUACAGUAAUCUCACAGCCUUUUGUCGGCGAAUAGAGCAGCAGUACUUUGAGGGGCAUGAUAAAGAGAGCUCAACAAGUGUUGCGGCUCGAUCUGCUAAGAGGUCCUUACUGAGAUAAGCCUGCUAUUUGGUGUGGCUUGCAUUUCAGUUUGGGAUUUUGUUGUUAUGGUGAAUUGAUUUUGAGGACUGAAAUGUGUGUUAGCUUUUUGAAGCUGCCAAAUCGUUCUCAUUUUCAGCAAGAAAAAGCUCUUCAAUGCAGUUCUCAUGUUAUAGAAUAUAGAGUGCACAUUUAACCUCAAAUGACUGUAUGGGCACUUCCACUUUAGUAGCCUGUAUGCUGCUUACUAUAAAGUGACCUUGGAAAAAUACUGUGUCUGUAUUAAAAAAACCCCAACACAAA